AUUUCCACCAGAACAAUUUCACAGCAACGUUAAUGAGAUCACGUACACUCAACUUGACAUUGAAAUAAAUUUUGAAUGUUUGCGCAAUAUUUAGAGAGAUUUAAAUUUAAUUGCAUUCAACAUAGUUUUUGUUGUCAUAUUAUAAUUAUUUAUUGAUAGUUUGAUCGUUAAAUAUUUUUUGCUUUUGUUUUCACUUAUGUACGAGCAAACGUAUUACGCAAACAUUAAUAUCAUCAGUUUUGAUAGCAGUUAAAGUGUUAAGCAAACAACAUCAAGUUACGCUAACAACAAAAUAAGUUCAUUAUCAAUCAACGGGCUUUUCGUAUGUCCACCCGAACAUAAUCUCAUUACUGGGUCCGAGUAAGUACCGAGUUUGAGACAUCCGGCUGCGCGUUGCAGUACGAAAAUAACCGCACAAAAAUUAAAAUUUGUCAAUAUAGUGCAUCAUUAAUGUGCUGCAAACUUCAGUCCAAUUAAAAGAGUGACAUUUACUGUUUGUUAAAACACGCUUUUAAGUAAGUAGACGAGGAUAAAUCAUGGGUGAUCAAAAUAACUUGGCGCUGGGCAUCGACAUUGGGACUACUUCGGUAAAAGUGUGCAUUGUUAACACGGACACCAAUGAAAUUAUCGCCAAGCAUGGCAAGGACACUCAAGCGAAUGUGCCCAGCGACCAAGGUACCGAUGGUAACAAACAAGAUGUGCCAAAAAUCAUCUCAGCGCUUAAUACUUGCGUGGCCAAACUCAACAAAGAUUUAUUGAGACAAAUUAAAAAGAUUGGUGUUUGUGGUCAAAUGCAUGGUGUGAUGUUAUUUAAUCAUACAAGCGAAGCACCAGCUUGGGACCGCCAUGAACGUGAUGGAGCCUUGAUUCGUUACGAUGUCGUUCAAAAAAAUGUCUCUAAUUUGUAUACGUGGCAAGAUAGUCGAUGCGAUUCCGAAUUUAUGGCGAAUUUACCAACGGCACAAAGCCAUCUUGCAACUUAUACUGGAUAUGGUAUUGCGACAUUGUUUUGGAUGGCCAAAAAUAAACCUGAUAAACUGCAACGUUACAAUUGUGCGUCGACAAUACAAGAUUUCGCAGUAAUGAUGCUAUGUAAUCUACAGAAACCUAUUACCUCGGUACAAUUAGCCGCUAGUUGGGGUUAUUUUGAUUGUAAAAACAGCAGCUGGAAUCUAGAGAUACUGGAAACUGGUGGAUUUCCAAUGAAUUUGCUACCUGAUGUUGUCGAAAGCGGGCAAGUAGCGGGCGAAUUAGCAGACAAUUGGCACACGAUCCCAAAAGGCACCCCUGUGGGGGUCGCAUUGGGGGAUUUACAAUGCUCGGUAUUAUCUACAAUUGAAAAUUUUAAAGACGCUGUUUUGAAUAUUUCAACUUCAGCGCAAAUGACAUACGUUGUUGAGAACUUUGAACCCACUAAUGACGCGCCUGUUGUGCGCCCGAUUGAAUAUUUUCCGUAUUUUGAUGGUAAAUAUUUAGCCGUUGCGGCAUCCCUCAAUGGCGGAAAUGCUUUAGCUACAUUUGUUAAAACUCUACAGCAAUGGUGCAUGGAAUUGGGAUUUCCUGUACCACAAGCUAAAGUUUGGGAUAAAUUGAUGGAAUUAGCCGCAUCUGCGGAAACUGAUAUGGUGAUUCAACCGACGAUUUUGGGCGAGCGCUACAUGCCUGAUUUGACAGCUUCAGCUACAAACAUCACCAUUGGAAAUAUUGGUCUUGGACAAGUGUUUCGCUCGAUGUGCCAAGGAUUGUUGCACAACUUGCAUGGCAUGAUGCCUCGCGACACGCUGAUUGAAGCAGAGAUUACACGGAUUGUCGGCAAUGGAUCGGGCUUAUCUAGAAAUAAAGUGUUACAGCAGGAGGUACUGCAGUUAUAUCAACUGCCAUUGGUGUUCACAAGCGGUGGAGACGCCGCAAAAGGUGCCGCAAUGGCAAUGAAAUAAAUAGCAACGAAUAAAAUAUAAUUACGAAUGAACAAGGAGUGAUAACGCGGUAUUACACAGAAAUUAUGCAUAGAAAACAAUAGCAAAUAUGCCUUAAGCAUGCCUUACAACAAGAACAUCCAAUAUUUAUAAAGUUUGUUGUUAAAUUGUUAAAUUUAGACAUUGUUGAGUAAAUAAUAAUGGUUAUCUCACACAUAAUUAACAAAUGCACCAAAACCAGACGUUAUAUAAUAAUGUAAUACGUUAUUCGUAGAGAUUUAUAGAGAUUCAUGGAGAGUAAAUGAAUAUUUAAGUAUUAAUAAGUAUAAAGUAGAAGAACAAUAACAGCAAACUCCAAAAUGGCGACAAUUUCAAAAUGAACUAGCUGUGAUUUAAAAUCGAAACAUAUCCAGGCCGGUCCAAGCAAUCCAAGAAAAAAUAAAUGCUUUAUAAAAUACAGAAAUCAAUAUUUAAAGCA